CUUCGCUCCUCCCCCUUCUGCUGUUGAUAUUCGAGCUACACGCGGCGAGGUGAGGUGGACGAGGCAGGAUGGAGAGGUCCAUCAAAGACCACAUCGUGGACGCGCUGGACAACCUCUUAGAAAAAGAACUGAAGCGGUUUCGCGACGUGCUCUCCUCGCAAACAUUAUACGAGGUUAAGAUCGCCAGGGGCAAAGUGGAACAUGCAGACAGCAUCGACCUGGCCAACUUGAUCAUCAGCCACCACACCGAAGGCAAAGCCGUGGAAGUGACCGUCAUGGUGUUGAGAAAAAUUGGACAGAACCAGGAAGCGGCCGAGCUGGAGUGUAAGGCGGGGAGAAAUGCCCAAGGUGCUCAGUUUGGACAGCAAGUGCAGUCUUUCGAAGGCCCUGCAAACUUUUUGGAGAAGCACCGAGAGGCAUUGAUCCAAAGGGUUGCAAUUGUGCCGCCCAUUUUGGACAGCCUGCUCUCUAAGAAGUUGAUUGAUAAUGAGUGUUACGAUGAGGUCUUGUCUGAAACCACCAACCAGAGAAAAAUGAGGCGGCUCUACGCGAUGGUCAGUGCCUGGGGGAACAAGGAGAAACUGGAGUUCUUCAAUACUCUGAAAGAGAAGCAGCCCUACCUGAUUGAAGACCUGAUGGGAAAAUAAGUCCCAUGCAAGCCCCUUCUCCCCAACUGUUUACUGUAAUGCAGUCAAAGGAUGUGACAUCAUCAGAGUCUUAAACAGGUGACCCGUUAUGACACUCAGCUGAGCAGAUUUCCAGUACAGUGAUCCCACGCCUAUCGCGGAAGUUACGCUUCAGACCCAUCAGCGAUGGGUGAAAAUCUGUGAUAUGGAAAUAAACUUUUUUUAUACAGUUUAAGCCUUAAAAUACCCCUCUCACACUCUUUAAACACAUGUAAACGUAUUAAAACACUUUGUAAACACAUAUGAUAUGUGGAUGUUGGGCUAAGAUUAUGAGUAACUUCUCUUUAUUAUAAAACAUUUUAACGUCACGCAAGACAAGGCAGUGAGACAGAAGGACAGCUGCUGUACAGGCUUUUAAAUGAUCGACGCACAGCGCGACAAGCAGAACAGGCAUCUUGGCAGAAGCAGCACAAAGUCCACUUCACCUUAGCGUACAUUCAGCUCCCCCCUUCACAAUGCGAAGUAGCAGGAGUGUAGCGCGCCUCCAUGGGUGUGGGGGGUAUGGGGGGGUUUAGGCAUUUGAGCAAAGCGAUCAAGACCAGAUCAUCUCGGAUAGACACUUCGACGACACGCAAGACUAGACAUUACAACCUUAGGAAGCAAAACCUGUGAGACGGUGGCUUUUGCACGUCACGCCCUACUUAAAAAACAAUUUCAAACAAGA